AAGUAGCCUUGAGUGGACACAUGUGAGUGCACUGCAAUUUGCAGGGUCUCGUUGCUGAUGUUUUCUGUAUUAGGCUUCCAGAGUUUGCGCCAGUAGUAAGUCGACAGUGCUGUCAUGCAGACGCUGUCUGAUGCAAAACUGAUAAUUCCAGGCCUCCUUCCAGAUUAUGCAGUACCUGAUGGGGUUUAGAGACACUCCUUAAAAAAUACUUACUUCCCAUAGUACAUAGUAUCGCAGACAAAGUUGAGUUGGACGAGUGCCACCGUCUUGCCAGCCCUGAAUCACAGCCAACGCGUGGGAUUAAGUGUCCGAGUCGUGCUUGCCCCUGACGGUCACCAAAGCUCAAGCACUCACGUUCUUGUACCACCUUGGUGUCUAACACAUCCCAAUAGCAAAGUUUUAUUAUCAUUUCUGUUUUGAUCAUGCCUGCCACAAGGACAACAUCGCGCUCAAAGAAGCGUGCCAGUGGCAUCGAUAAACAUAAGACAAUAACCUCAAGGGCUACCAUAGUCGUGGAGGAAAUGCAGGACCUGGCAGACUGCAACAUUCAUUAUCCGUCAAGCGAAAAUGAACGCAAAACCUUCAAGACGCGCGACGGCAAGCGCGUUACUCCGCAUCAAUGGGCAGUAUACGAUUUCACCAGAACGAUUCCUUGCGGUCGUGUUACGACGUACAAGGACAUCUGCGUCGCUCUUGGGCAAGGUUCGCCGCGAUCAGUUGGCUCUGCGCUUCGAAAUAACCCGUUUGCACCAUUUGUGCCUUGCCACCGCAUCAUCGCAUCAAAUAUGUACAUUGGUGGAUUCUUCGGUGAAUGGGGCACUGGCGCAAACGCAAGGGGUGGACAGAAGAACACUGGGUUACAGUGCAAUAGAAAGAUGGAGAUGCUUGCAAAAGAGGGGGUUACGUUUUCCAUGGAAGGGUAUCUUACAGAUGAUUCUCAGCUUUGGAUUGGGAGAGGCUGAAAUGGCUUCCUUGGUAGUUAUGUAUGAUGCCACCGAAGUAGGCUACUCUUGGGUAUCACCGGUUCACCAUCAACGUCCGCCAAAACAAUAUAAAUGAAUAAUUGGCUGUAGAGGUUCGACGAGCCUGUGUUUCUGAGAUGU